UUCUUUUUGGUGGAAUUCUCGGCAUUGUCAAAAACAAUAACAUGUUUUGGGAAGACGAUGAACCAGAGAACAAGGGUUUAAGUUCUUUGCACUCCUCACUCUGUGGUUUGAAACUGUAUAAUUCCAACACUCCAUUCAAAUGACGUCCAUACCUUCUAAAAACCUAUGUGUUCGGAGGCAACAAUGUCCUUGUGGAGAUUGGAAGUGUUAUAUUACAUAUGAGGGUGAUUCUGAAGAGGGUUCUGCGGCACCUGAAUUGGUGAAGGAAGAGAAGGCAUCGUCCGGGGCUAUGAUUACUCCCUAUGUUGGAAUGGUUUUUAAGAGUGAUGAUGAUGCUUUUGAGUAUUAUGGCAACUUUGCUAGGAAGAAUGGGUUCUCUAUUAGGAAGGAAAGGUCUAGAAUUAGCCCGCAGUUGGGGACUUACAAGCGUGACUUCGUUUGCUACCGGUCCGGCUUUGCCCCGGUGAAGAAGAAGCCUAAUGGAGAACACCAUAGAGAUAGGAAAUCUGUGAGGUGUGGAUGUGAUGCAAAGAUGUACCUAUCCAAGGAGGUUGUAGAAGGGGUUUCCCAGUGGUUUGUUGUGCAGUUUAGUAAUGUGCACAAUCAUGAACUUUUGGAAGAUGAUCAAGUGCGUCUUUUGCCCGCCUAUCGUAAAAUUCAUGAGGCUGAUCAAGAGCGUAUACUCUUGCUCUCCAAGGCAGGGUUUCCAAUUCAUCGGAUAGUGAAAAUGCUGGAACAGGAAAAGGGGAUUCAGGGGGGGCAGCUGCCUUUCUUGGAAAGGGAUGUGAGGAAUUUUGUUCAAAACCGAAAAAAGGUUGUUCUAGAGAAUGAGGCAUUGCUCAGUGAGAAAAGAGAAAAUGAUGUUUUGGAACUUCUUGAGGCGUGCAAAGUUAUGAAAGAAGCGGAUGAUGAGUUUGUGUAUGAUUUUACUGUGGAUGGGAAUGAUAAGGUUGAAAAUGUAGCUUGGUCAUAUGGCGACUCAGUUAAUGUAAAUGCUAUGUUUGGCGAUGUUGUUUAUUUUGAUACAUCUUAUAGAUCGGUCACUUAUGGAUUGCUUUUUGGAGUAUGGUUUGGUAUUGAUAGCUAUGGUAGAACUAUUUUUUAUGGUUGUGUUUUGUUGCAGGAUGAAACACCGCAAUCCUUCUCAUGGGCAUUACAGACUUUUGUCAGGUUCAUGAGAGGAAGAUGUCCACAAACUAUUCUAACUGAUCUAGACCCGGGACUUAGAGAUGCGAUUAUAAGUGAAUUUCCAGGAACUAAACAUGUUGUCCCUCAAUGGAAUAUUCUACACAAGGUACCCUGUUGGUUUUCUCCUACUCUGGGUUCUCGGUAUGCAGAAUUUAAAUCUGAGUUCGAUGCCUUAUUUCACAUUGAGAAUACAGAAGAAUUUGAACUUCAGUGGAGCCAGAUGAUUUCUGUGUUUGGACUUGGUUCAGAUAGACAUGCUGAUUUACUAUAUACUGUUCGGGCAUCCUGGGCACAAGCCUAUGUAAGAGGUUACUUUCUGGCUCGAAUGGCAACAAUAACUUACUCAAAGUCUGUAGAUGCAUUUUUGAAAGGAAUUUUCUCUGCUCAUACGUGUUUGCGUAGCUUUUUUGAGCAGGUUGGCAUUUCUGCAAGUUUUCAACAUCAAGCAUUUAAGGAGACUCAAUAUAUUCAGCUCAAAACUUGCAUACCGAUUGAAGAGCAUGCGCGGAGUAUUCUCACUCCUUUCGCUUUUAAUGCCUUGCAGCAAGAGCUGAUGCUAGCAAUGCAAUAUGCUGCAUCCGAAAUGGCCAAUGGAUCAUAUAUUGUGCGGCAUUUCAAAAGGAUGAACGGAGAACGGCUUGUAAUAUGGUUGGUUGAAGAUGAUCAGAUACAUUGUUCUUGCAAGGAAUUUGAAUCCUCAGGGAUACUGUGCAGGCAUGCUCUUCGGGUAUUUGUAAUAAAGAACUACUUUCAGUUACCUGAUAAGUACUUUUUAGGUAGAUGGAGGCGGGAAUGCUCAUUACUUGUUGUUGAUGAUAAUAAUAAUAAUCAAGGUGUUGGAGGGGAAUGGUUUCAAGAAUAUCAGUCUCUGGCUGAAACUUUAUUUCAAGAAUCAUCAAUUACAAAGGAGCGAUCUGACUAUGUGCGUAAAGAACUGACGAAAGAACUUAAUAGGAUUCUUAACGAGGUUAGAAAUCUCCCUGAGGCUGAUGGAGUCUGCUUGAGCAUGAACAUGUCAGUUUCACCAGCCAACUAGUUUGAAUGUUUAGUUGUUUAUACUUGCAAGUUUGCAACCAAUGUACAUCACAAUACAAUGAAAAGAAGCAAGUAAAGAAUGCAUGCACAGGAAGUGAUGAAAUGAAAAUGUCAAAAUCACUUUCAGCUAUGCUACAUGUACAUUCUUCAGAUAUUAUGUGUUGCAUUAGUGCCUACAACUUUGUUUUCUCCUGGACAAGUAAUCAUGCAACAAAGAAAGUUCAUUAUGCCGAGAGAAAUUGCUAAAAGGCGCACUUACUAUUGCGGCAAAAGAGAAUCUUAAUGCCGCAAUAUGGUACUGUUACAACUGUUAAUAGACGAAAAUGUUGAGAACAGUUGCCUGCUUGAGACGCCAUAUCCCUUAACAAUAUCUUUGUCAACCAACUGGACAAUACCUAAUAUUUGUGUUUUCAUAUCUUUUUUCUGUUAAUUGAUAUAAUGUAAUAUGAGCUUAGCUUCUUUAAGUUGAUCUAGUUAAUUGUAUGUGAGAUGAUGAACCAGUAGUGGCCACAUUCUCUUCAAUUAUUA